UUCACAUGCAGGCAGCUUAAAACUACAUAAAAAAACACAUACUGGAGAGAAGUCUCAUGAAUGUGAUGUUUGUGAUAAAAGAUUUUCAAUGGCACACGAUUUAAGGAGACAUAAAAGAACACAUACUGGUGAGAAACCUUAUGAAUGCGAUGUUUGUGAUAAAAGAUUUUCACAUGCAGGCAGCUUAAAACUACAUAAAAAAACACAUACUGGAGAGAAGUCUCAUGAAUGUGAUGUUUGUGAUAAAAGAUUUUCAAAUGCAAGUGAUUUAAGGAGACAUAAAAGAACACAUACUGGAGAGAAGCCUUAUGAAUGUGAUGUUUGUGAUAAACGAUUUUCACAAGCAAGCGAUUUAAGGAGACAUAAAAGAACUCAUACUGGUGAGAAACCUUAUGAAUGUGAUGUUUGUGAUAAAAGAUUUUCACUGGCAGGCAACUUAAGACAACAUAGAAUAACUCAUACUGGUGAGAAGCCUUAUGAAUGUGAUGUUUGUGAUAGAAGAUUUUCACGGGCAGGCAGCUUAAGAAUACAUAAAAGAACACAUACUGGUGAGAAGCCUUAUGAAUGUGAUGUUUGUGAUAAACGAUUUUCACAAGCAAGCGAUUUAAGGAGACAUAAAAGAACUCAUACUGGAGGGAAACCUUAUGAAUGUAAUGUUUGUGAUAAAAGAUUUUCACAAGCAAGCGAUUUAAGGAGACAUAAAAGAACUCAUACUGGAGAGAAACCUUAUGAAUGUAAUGUCUGUGAUAAAAGAUUUUCAACUGCAGGCAACUUAAGACAACAUAAAAGAACACAUACUGGAGAGAAGCCUCAUGAAUGUGAUGUUUGUGAUAAAAGAUUUUCACAAGCAGGCAACUUAAGAAUACAUGAAAGAACUCAUACUGGAGAGAAGCCUUAUGAAUGUGAUGUUUGUGAUAAAAGAUUUUCACAGGCAGACAAGUUAACAAUACAUGAAAGAACACAUACUGGUGAGAAGCCUUAUGAAUGUGAUGCUUGUGAUAAAAGAUAUUUACGGGCAGGCGAUUUAAGGAGACAUAAAAGAACACAUACUGGAGAGAAACCUUAUGAAUGUGAUGUUUGUGAUAAAAGAUUUUCACAGGCAGGCAAUUUAAGAAUACAUAAAAGAACACAUACUGGUGAGAAACCCUAUGAAUGCAAUGUUUGUGAUAAAAGAUUUUCAAACGCAAACGAUUUAAGGAGACAUAAAAGAACACAUACUGGUGAGAAGCCUUAUGAAUGUGAUGUUUGUGAUAAAAGAUUUUCACAGGCAGGCAACUUAAGAACACAUACCAGCAAAAACUGUUCACAUGCCAGUUAUUUAAGAAAUCAUAAAAAAUCCCAUGAAUGUGAUGGCCCAGCAAUACAUAAAAGAGCAGGAAAAAUGGCUAAUGUCCAUCUUAAAUUAAAUACAAACGAACCAGCCUGUAUUGGUUAUAUUUGUGGAGUAUGUGGUCAUGAGUUUGAUGUUCAAAGUGAACUUGAAGAUCAUAUAUAUACCACCCAUCAUAAUAUGAUGAUGAUUAUGAAUUUGAUAUUUCAUAUGUCUGAGGUGGUUCAGAAAUAUGUAAGAUUUAUAACAGCUAGAGGUUGCAAAACACAGUUAAACAUGCCUGAAAAAUGCAAUUACUGUGAUAAGACUUUUCACUACAAAAGCAAAUUGACUGAACAUACAAGAAUGCACACUGGCGAGAAGCCUUAUGAAUGUGAUGUUUGUGAUAAAAGAUUUUCACAGGCAGGCAACUUAAGACUACAUAAAAAAACACAUACUGGUGAGAAGCCUCAUGAAUGUGAUGUUUGUGAUAAAAGAUUUUCACUGGCAGGCUAUUUAAGAAUACAUAAAAGAACACAUACUGGUGAGAAGCCUCAUGAAUGUAAUGUUUGUGAUAAAAGAUUUUCACGGGCAGGCAGCUUAAGGAGACAUAAAAGAACCCAUACUGGAGAGAAGCCUUAUGAAUGUGAUGUUUGUGAUAAAAGAUUUUCACAGGCAGGACAUUUAAGGAGACAUGAAAGAACCCAUACUGGAGAGAAGUCUCAUGAAUGUGAAGUUUGUAAUAAAAGAUUUUCAAGUACAUGCCAUUUAAGACAACAUAAAAGAACACAUACUGGAGAGAAGCCUUAUGAAUGUGAUGUUUGUGAUAAAAGAUUUUUACAGGCAGGCAACUUAAGACGACAUAAAAGAACACAUACUAGCAAAAACUGUUCAGGUGCCAGUUCUUUAAGAAAUAAAAAAUCCUAUGAAUGUGAUGGCUCAGCAAUACAUAAAAGAGCAGGGAAAAUGGCUAAUGUCCAACUUAAAUUAAAUAGAGAGGAACCAGUUUGUGUUGGUUAUAUUUGUGGAGUAUGUGGUCAUGAGUUUGAUGUUCAAAGUGAACUUGAAGAUCAUAUAUAUACCACCCAUCAUAAUAUGAUGAUGGCUUACUAACUUGAUUAGAUAAACUGUAAUUAUUUUGUGGGAUAUCUUAAUAUUUUGUUCAUGUCAUUUCAAAUAUACAGAACUUGUUGUCAUUAUUUUAUAAGAAUUAGGUUUUUUUCAUCAUUUUCAUGUUAAAUAAUACGGUUAGGUUUCAUGGGUUGAAAUUUAUA